AUGCCAAAGCGGCGUGUCGAAGGCGAAAUAACGGUUUCGUACGAUCCUGGACCAAGCAGCUCAGGCAGUAGGAGCCCCGUUGACAGUCCACAGUCUGCUUGUAGCAGCGGCAGUCGGAGCAAUUUACGACGCGAUAACAGCUGGAAUGACAGGGAACCGCUGCUUCCGGUGCACACAAAGCAGGCGACGAACCAGCAAAGAACUCCUUAUGGAUCGUUCUUGCGGAAACGUGGGUCGCAAGGCGACAUGGAGCAGAAACCAGCCAAGCUGCCGUUGGUCGAUACAUCGGGUAGAUUGAAUGUGGAACGGCGUGGAGUUCCCAAGCUGACAGCGUAUUGGAGUGAUCUAUUUCACACACUGAUUAACUCCGCCAUGACCAUUGGGUUUGGGGGAGAAUUGGUCCCUGAUCCUGACUGCUUCACACUGAACCUCCUUAUAGCCCUCCAAUCACUUGCUGCUCUGAUUGUCGCCUAUGCUUUGCUGGGGAUUGUCUACACACGGUUUGCCCUUCCCUCCCGUCGAGCGUCAUCACUCGUGUUCAGCCACUGCAUGGUGCUCAACGAGGAAGAUGGAGUGCCUCGCCUUUCAUUUCGGGUUGCUAACGUUCGCAAGCACCAACUCAUUGAGGCGCAUGCACAGCUGCUGGUGGCAAUCAACAAUAUUAUGAGUGCAGAAAAUGAGGCGCUCUUUAAGUUCUCCAAUCUUCCGAUCCUUGGAGGAGGCUUCGUCUUUCUUGCUCUCCCCUGCGUCAUCACGCAUGCAAUCACGAAGCACAGCCCACUCCAUGGCAUGUCCCUUGCUAUGAUGGAGCGCGCUGACAUUGAGUUCCUUGUGCUUAUUGAGGGCGUGGAUGCUCCCACAUCAGCCAAGCUGCAAGCACCAUGGUCAGGCGAUCACCAAGCGGAGUCCGAUGCGUGGACUUCACCAAGUUUCAUGACGUUCAGCCUGUCCCAGCUACCCUUCGCCGCCCCCACUUCCUCCCCCACGCGCCCUCCUGGGAGAAUCUCCGCAACCUCUCCUCCCUCUCCUCUCUCCCCAGCGUUCUCCGCCACCCCACUGCCGUCUCAACCGACAAGUGUGUGGAGUACUCCUCAUGUAGGGGCAUGGUCCAUGGAAGCAACAGCAGAGGCUGCAGCGAGUCGAGCUGUGGUGUUAGCUCCUGUAGCAGUCGCAGCUGCAUCAACGGCAGUCAUAGCAGGAGGCGGAGAUGCAGCAGCCACGGUAGGAACACCAGCAGGAUCAGCGGCACAAGCUCAUGUGUUUGAAGGGAGGAAGCAGAUGAGGCGUAUGGUUAGACGGGGGAGCACGGAGAGAUGCGAUCGAAUUGGUGGUGGGAUGACAACAGAACAAGGGCGACUUAGCAGGCGUGUAUCAUUUGAGGUAUCACCUGUCGCUGAAUUGGUUGGUGAGGGAAGGGCACAGCAAGGGGCUGAGGUGACAGCAGGGAGGGAAUGUGCGAGUGUUGCUCACACUGCAGCGGUGCUGGAUGGGGGUUGGUCUAGAAGGCAUGAAGGCUGCAAGGAAUUGACUCAAGGAGCAGACAGGCACAACAUUGAGGAAAUGGUGGUUGAAACUCCCAACAAGAAGGGGCGGAUGGAGCAGAGGGAUUCAGGUGGAAGGAGGCAUGGAAGGGCCUUUAGUGAACCAGCCAUUCCUGUUCCCAGCAGCAAGCGAAACAGUGCUUCUAGCAGGAGCAGUAUGAGUGGAGGCAUUGGAGUUGGUGGCAGGAGGAGCAGUGGUGCAAGCAAGCAGGGGAGAAGUUCCGGUGCCUCAGGCCUGCCAGGCUGCUGGACAGAUCAAAGUCCGCUGCUGCUGAUGAAUUCCUUCAGUGUGCGCUCGGCAUCACACAUGCUGGAAAUGGAUGCACGCCACAGGAUUGCUGUGGCUGAGAAGAGGGAGCAGCAGUGGCGGGCACUUGCCGUGGACCUUGCCAUGAAGGUGCAGAGCAGCAAAACACUCCAUGCGCCUGAUGUUGAUUGCCAUCCACUCCUCAAUAGAGCCAAGGAGAGCAGUUGCGUUGCGCCUGCCACAAUUCUGAGCGAAGUUACGAAUGUGGACUCAAUUCCUGUCCUUUCGCGAACAGAGGUGGCGGAGAGGCUUGCUGGCCACAAGCAUCCUAAUCAACAAAACUAUCGCGCGUUUUACUCGAGUGUGAUUGGUGGAAUUACGAAGGAUCCAGCAGCGAUGGUAAUUCCUAUUGACGAUCACAUGGCUCACAGAGGCCACGCUGUUUUUGACACCGCCAUUAUUUGCUCAGGGUACUUAUAUGAGCUAGAUGAGCAUGUUGACCGUUUUAUCAAGUCAGCUCGUGCAGCAAGAAUUGAACACUCAUAUUCUCGGGAAGAGCUUAAAGCUAUUAUCAUCCAGACUGUCGCUGCCAGUGGAGUGAGGGACGGCAGUACUCGAUACUGGCUCUCAGUUGGACCUGGUGGUUUCACUUUAUCCACAAAAGAGUGUCCAAGAAGUACCUUUUACGUCAUGGUCGUUGCGGAUAAUAAGUUCACAAAUCUGGAGGCUCCAGUUGCCGGGGUUACAGUGGCUACGUCAAGUGUUCCAAUGAAAGCUCCAAUGUUUUCAACCAUGAAAAAUGUAAAUUACAUGCCCAAUUCCCUAGUGAAGAAGGAGGCUGAAGAGAGGGGUGUAUUUGAAGGCAUUUGGAUUGAUGAGAAUGGCAACGUUGGAGAAGGUCCCAGCAUGAAUGUUGCCUUUGUUAAUGACAAAAACGAGUUCCUUGUUCCCGAAUUCAGUCGGGUAUUGGCGGGGUGUACAAUGAAACGAGUUUUGGCACUUGCAGAAGAACUGUUGAAAGAAGAUUCAGUUCCUAGGAUAAGCAGGAUAUGCCACCGGCCAGUUUCAGAGGCUGAAGCACGACAGUGCAACGAAAUGAUGCUUGUGGGCAGCGGGGUGUUGGUGACCCCUGUGAUUCAAUGGGAUGACCAGAUCAUUGCGAGCGGUUCUCCAGGGGCAAUUACCAUGGCCUUGCGGAAGCUGUUAGCAGCGGACCUACAUGAACAUCACUCUCGUAUUCAAGUCAACUAG